AUGACAAAUCUUCUUAAUCCAAUUAAGGUAGAGGAAGAUUUAGAGUAAUAAAUAUACAAUCCUAGGGAAUAACCCAUAUAAUCUAUAUCGACCAUUUGUUCUGUAAAACAACUAACUGAGGAUUUAAAGUUUAAGAUUCCGACCAAGAAAAUACGACGAAAGACUGCAAGCAAAAUGUAUAAAAAUGGUCACUGGACCCAAAAGGAACAUAAUUUAUAUUUGUAAUUUAUAGAAACGAACAAGGCAAUCAUGAUGAAAUCACACCAAAAGAAACAAGAGAAGAUCUUUAAGCAAAUGUCUCUUGUGAUUAAAACACGAUCGCCAUCCUAAUGCCGAUCUCAUCAUCAAAAGUUUAAUCCUUUCUGA